CAAAAUUCAACAAAUUUAAAACAGAAACCUCUCUUAAACCCUCUCUCUCUCUCUCUCUCUCUCUCUCUCUCUUCCCCUUGAUGCAAUCUUCUCUCAACUCUCAAAAUGCAGACUUCAUUACCCAUUUCACACUCUAAAUUCCCGUCAAUUUUCCCAUUUAACCACCCCAUUUCUCAUAAACCAACAACCACAAGAACAACAACAGAACAUCAAUAUCCCUUCCAAACCCAUAUCAAAAAACCCAUAGGCCCAACUUCCCUCAAAUCCACAGGCUAUCUAUCAGCAAUUGGCCGUGUAAUUGAGGAAGAAGAAGAGUACAGAAAGGCCCGUGCUGCAGUUAUCCGUAAAGGUAUCGACUUGGAAGGUUACUCAAUUGAAGGACUGUCAAUUGGUGGCCAAGAAACCUGUUUAAUUAUACCUGAAUUCAAGUGUGCUUUCGAUAUUGGUAGAUGUCCGUCAAGAGCUAUUCAUCAGAAUUUUGUGUUUAUUACUCAUGCCCAUCUUGAUCACAUUGGUGGAUUACCUAUGUAUGUGGCUAGCCGUGGUUUGUACAACUUAAAGCCUCCAACAGUAUUUGUGCCUCCUUGCAUUAAAGAGGAUGUAGAGAAGUUGUUUGAUAUUCAUAGGUCAAUGGGGCAAGUGGAAUUGAAUCUUGAGUUAGUUGCACUGGAUGUGGGUGAGACUUACGAAUUGCGGAAUAAUGUUGUGGUUAGACCAUUUAGAACACAGCAUGUUAUACCUAGUCAGGGUUAUGUCAUCUAUUCUGUUAGAAAGAAGUUGAAGAAACAGUAUACACAUCUCAAAGGGAAACAGAUUGAGAAAUUGAAGAAGUCUGGUGUUGAGAUUACAGACAUAAUGUUGUCCCCAGAGGUGGCCUUUACUGGAGAUACCACUGCAGAGUACAUGCUUGAUCCACAUAAUGCAGAUGCAUUGAGAGCAAAAGUUCUCAUAACUGAGGCAACUUUUCUAGAUGAAGGUUUUAGCAUUGAACAUGCCCGUCAACAUGGUCAUACUCAUUUGCUUGAGAUAAUUGAAAAUGCUGAAUGGAUUCGGAAUAAAUCUGUCCUUUUGACUCAUUUCUCGUCUCGCUACACUGUAGAGGACAUUCGUCAAGCUGUACUCAAAUUGCAGUCUAAGGUAUCAGCAAAAGUUGUCCCUCUAACAGAAGGUUUCAAAUCAACGUACUCUUAAAAGAAUCGAGGUUCAUUUAGUCUGUCAGGGAAAUUGUAGAAAAAUGUGACCGCUCAUUGUAAUUUUUCUGUAAAAAGGACUGAUUUCUUCAAAAGAAUUAAUGGCACGAAAUGGAACCUGCAGGCCACGUUUCAAGUG